AUUCUGCAGCUUCAGGUAAUUCACUUCCUCUGUGUGUGUGUGUGUCACAAUUAUCCUAUCCUGUCGCUGGUCAUCUAUCUGUAAUAUUGACUCAGUAACCUUCUGUCUCUGCUAGCACAAAUUGACUUGCUGGGGGAUUUCCUACCACUCUGCAUUUUGCAGCGGACCCAUCAGAGAUAAAAUAGCCCUCCCAUCUGCUCCAGUGAAGGACGACAUCAGUUCACCUAAUCAGGGAUUGAAACUGCUAACAGAACACGGGGACAGAGAGUGGUCAGAAUCACAGUUUAAACUUCAACCUGGGAAGAGGAUACACCAGUUCACGCUUGGUCAGGAUGGACUUGACACACCAGGUCAGGAUGAACUUCACACUUGGAACUGGCGAGAGGCAAAAGGAUCUUGACUUUAGCGAUCUUCAGCUGGACUACUGGGACAACAAUCUGAGUUCAUAUUUUAAUAACAAUUAUAGCAAUGUUUCUGAUAAUCUCAUAACCUACCUUGAAUGUGAGAAUUACAAAACAGAGCCAUUUAAGAAAGUCUUCCUUCCCAUUUUCUACUCUACCAUCUUCAUUGUGGGAUUGUUGGGGAAUGCAAUGACCAUCAUCGUUUUCCUGAAGAACAGGCAGUCCAUGGCCAUGACGGAUACCAUAAUUCUCCACUUGUCUGCUGCCGAUAUCCUCCUUGUAAUCACUUUGCCCUUCUGGGCUGUGGAAGCUGUCAGGGGUUGGAUUUUUGAGCCUUUUGCUUGCAAGCUUUUUGGGGCAAUGUUCAGCAUCAAUUUCAACUGUGGCAUUUAUCUUCUGGGUGCCAUUAGCAUUCAGCGUUACCUUUCCAUUGUGCAUGCAGUACAGAUGUACAACAAACCCAGAUCUUUAGCAGUGCACAUCAGCUGCCUCGCUGUUUGGAUUUUCUGCCACUUGUUAGCCAUCCCUGAUUUGAUAUACCUGAGGAAAAUAAAAACGAAUGGCACUUGGAAAUGCCAACAUGAUUUUGAUGCCAACAAUGCCAAGAAAUGGAUAGUAGGUUUGCGUUUUGUUUAUCAUUUCAUCAGUUUCCUUAUCCCACUGACAAUAAUGCUCUACUGUUACUUCAUGAUCAUUAAGACUCUGCGUCAAUCCCAUAACAUACAAAGGAAGAAGGAAGUCAGGGCCAUGAAGGUCAUUGUCAUGGUCGUUGCUGCUUUCCUCAUCUGUUGGAUCCCUUACAAUGUGGUCAUCUUCGUUGACACAUUGCAGAGGAUGGGUGUCAUAGAUAGGAGUUGUGCUGUUGAAUCCAAUUUGGACAUUGCCAUUUACAUCACUUCCAGUCUGGGCUACUUCCAUUGCUGUCUCAACCCAUUCCUCUAUGCGUUCGCCGGAGUGAAGUUCAGGAGAAACUUACUGCAGAUCUUCUGUGAUAUUGGCUGCAUUACUCAGAAGACUGUGAAGAAAUAUGCCAGGUCGAUCAACAGGGAAUCCAUGUCACAAUAUCAGUCAGCAGAUACUUCUAACUCUGGAUUAUAAAGUAAUUAAAAUUGCACCCAAAUUUACUGAAAUGUAUUCCAAACUUGGUUUAAUUCUGCACCCCUUUGAAACAAAUGGUGAAAAUUCAAAUCCACCGCCAGAGACUUGAGCAACGUACUCCAAUAUAUUCAAGAAAAGUACAGUUGUCAUUAGUCUAACCCCAUUUGAUUUCAGCCAUUCAGUUUCUCACAUACAGAAUAGUAGCAGAGCCUUAAAUUCCAGUACUUCAAUCAAGUGUAAUGUAACUCACAAUAUAAACUUCUGGAUGAAAGGAAGGAUUGAAAAUAGGGUUUUUCUGAUGAAAGUUAUCUUGCAAAUAAAAUGAUAUAUGUAGUCUAUCAGUUGCAUGCCACAAGCUUACAAGUUUCGAAAUCGUCAUUUAAAAUCACAGGAAUCAUGCCUGUCAGUUCCAUGGUGGACAACACUGAGAGCCAAGUGUGCAUAUUUAAAAGCUGGAUGCCUAAACCACUUUCACAAUGAACAUCCACCGGAGCCCGGCCAGGAAAUAAAUAAUAGCAUAUCAAAAAACCAAAAUUAAAUUUGUAAAUAACAUCGAGUUCUGAAACUUGGAUAUUUAGACAUUUCUUGUAGUUCAUAAUGAAGAUCAAAAAAGGGAUUGAGCUUGCCUUUGUUUAUUCACAUUAAAGGCUUUAUCAAAUAAAGAAUGGUUGUGAGUGCUCAGACUGUGAAUGAAAGAAUGAAACCUCAGCUCUGUUCAGAUUGAAAAGAGAUUGCUUUGUUAAAGCAGGAAUACGUGAAACUGUAAAGCAUUCACAGCAAUGCUAUAGUGUGCCCAUCAUUAGGCAAACAAAGCAACUUCACAGCUUUAUUAAUUUUACCAUGGUUUAAGGUUGUACAGAUUACAGGUUGCAAUCUUUAGAUUGUAGCUUUAAUAGUGAGCUUUUAUGUUAAGUUUUAUUUUGUUUAUACCAGGCAGGACUAAGCAUAAUAACACUGGACACAAUUUUUUUCAGAAGUGUUUCUUCCUCAGAAUUUUCUUGUUCGCGAUAGACCACUGAACACAAAUAUAACUUUAGACUGUUGUGUCAUGUAGGAAUUUGGAGAAACGAGAAUUAACAUUUAUUGAAUAUAAUGUACUUAAUUGCAUUAUGGUGCUGAUGCUUUGCAAUAGUUCAACUCAACAAAAAAUGAUUUUCAUUUGAACUCUGUGUUUGAGGCUUCUCGCUUAAGUGCUCAACAUUAAUCAGCCAGCAUCGAUGGAUUUCAUUUGCCAUGAUACUGUUUCUCCAUGAUCGCAAUGUUUUGGUGAAACCUUUCACCAUGCUCAUCACCGACAGUGCCAGCAUUUGCAGGGAAGAAGUCUAAAUGGCAAUGCAGAAUAUGGAUCUUCAGUGACAUGUUGCAUUUCAUGGUUUUGUAUGCUUGAAGCAUGUUGUCAACCAGCUGCAUGUAGUCUGGUGCUCUGGAGGCUGCCAAGAAAAUUUUCAGCAACAUCCUUGAAAUCCUUCCAUGUGAUUUUCUCCAGUCCCACUAGAAUUUCUUCAAAUUGCCUGUCACUGAUGUCCUGUUUGAUUUGUGGACCAACAAAAAUGCUUUCCUUAAUCUUGACAUCAGUUGUUCUGACUCGAAUUAUGAAGUGAAAUAAUUUCAAAAAACUGGCGCAUGAUAAGGAAAUUUCAUGGUGAUUUUCAUGAUCAGUGGCCCAAAUUCCAUAAGGUACACCCAAAAGUAUUCAGGAAGCAAUAUCUUUGUUGUCCAGUGUAAUCAAGUGGUAACACAUUUAUUGUUGCUAUGCAAUUGCAGUUCGGAAACCAGUAAUUGUAUUUUUGUAAAAAAAAUCUGAGGGUCAAAUUAUCUUUCAGUAAG